UUACAGGUAGAAAUGUCGCGGACGUUUGGUCAGCGAUCGGAUUUUAUUGACUUUGAUGAUGGUUUUGAACAGGAGGAGCGUGAAAAUGAUGGUGAUUCAUUUGAAGAAAAUAUUCGCAAACAAUUGCUUGAAUUUAGAAGUGGUACCGAAAGAGAAAUCAUCCUGGAGCCACUAUCAAUUGAGAAAAGGAAAAUUGUACAUUCUAUAGCUACGAAUUGCAGUCUGAAGUCCCACAGUAUCGGAAGCGGAUGUAAUCGUCGCGUUGUAGUAACACGUUUUCCACAUGUCGAUCUGUGUACUUACACGAAUGCUAGGGAUUCGGAACCAAUUGUUUUGAGUAUAUUUCAAAAACGAGCAUUGUCGCGUUUCUUGACUAUAUUUCCGUUAGGUUAUGGUGAUAUCGACUUGUACCUUCGAUCCGGCAAUGCAAGCCGACAAGUAGGUAGUCGCUAUCAUUCAAGCUUUAACAGACCGAUGUUGGUUCCACCUUGUACGUCAGUGCGGCAUUCAGUAGAGAAUUUCCGAAAAAGUUUACCGGCUUAUGCAAUGAAGGACGAAAUUCUUCAAACUAUUCGUAAUCAUAAAGUAACAAUGAUCGUUGGUGGCACUGGUUGUGGCAAGACUACACAGGUUCCCCAGUUUAUAUUGGAAGAUGCUGCGAAACAUCAACAAGCGGUUCGAAUAUUCUGUACGCAGCCGCGAAGAUUGCCAGUUCUUGCGGUAUCUGCACGUGUAGCAAAAGAGCGGAACGAGAAACUGGGAUCAACAGUUGGUUAUCAUAUUCGACUGGAGCAAAAGACAUCAGAACAAACUGUACUAACAUAUUGCACUAGUGGAGUUUUGUUGCGACUGCUUACAAAUGAUACUAAUGCUUCCAAUAUUUCACACAUUAUCUUGGAUGAAAUUCAUGAACGAGAACAAAAAACGGAUUAUCUUCUGAUAACACUCCGACAAGCUCUUAAAAAUCGAGAUGAUUUAAGGAUUAUUUUAAUGUCGGCAACAAUGGAAGAAAGUCGCGAAUUAUUUAGACGUUAUUUUGGUCCUGGAAAUGUUUUUUGUCUGGACAUACCAUCCACAUUACACAAGGUAGAAAUGUUCUAUUUACCGGAAAUAUUGGCAUUGACAGAUUACAAACACGCAUCUUCGUUUACCGGCGGUACGUUCUUUGGCAAAACUGCGAGGAGCUUGAAUGAUGAUCAGGCUUACAAUAGUUUCCCUCAAGUGGAUGAAUUUCGUUCUGAAAAUUAUGAUGAUUCAAAAUUACAUCAAGGACGUAAUGGUAAGAAAAAGAAUGCUGAUGAAAUGAAUAGCAAUUAUGAAGUAAUGCCGUCACGACAAGUAGCAUCAUCUGUUCCUGCAAGUGAUCAUUUUUCUCCAAUAAUGAUCAAUCAGUUCAAUAAUCGACAGUUAUAUCCUCAAAUCUCUUCGAAUUCACAUCAAGAAAAAGGCUAUUACACAAAUUGCAGUGGACAGAUUAGCUUAACUGAAAUGUAUAGCCAAAUGAAUAUAAGAAGCAGUGAACAAAAUGGUUGUUAUCAGGAGCCAGCAUUCUAUGAUGGGUACCAGAUGUAUCCAUCACAAAGCGGACUAGCCGGUUUCAAUUACUCUCAACCACCACCGAAUUGUAUAUAUGCUCAGCAGAUCCCAAUGACCCCAUAUGGUAUGAUGGCAUCAUAUGUUGGUGGGCCACAGAUGAUGUGUGCAACAUAUCAUGUGAUGCCGGCACAAAAUGAUUACCAAAAUUACUACGUUAUGCCUCCAAAUUUACAAAAUUACACACAGCCUUCAAAAUUCUAUGUAUCCACAAAUAAUGCUGAUGGAUUUGGGACGCAGUGGAAUUCAAAUGGAUCAAAUUUUUCUAAUCAAGGACCAUCAGUACCGUUUUCGUUGUCAAACGUCCAUUCAGGACACCGAGAUGAGCCACACUGCGAUCAGGAAUAUUAUGUAUCAUGUUUACGCGACCGUCCGCAACAUUUUGAUCCGUCAUAUGUGGAAAUUCUGCGGCAUACUAACUUGGAUACGGUUUACCUGGUCGAUUCAUAUAUGAUAUCUGGUGGUGAACAGUGGUUGGAAAGUGUUGAUACGGAUUUAACGGUAGCUGUUAUUAAUUACUGCAUGGAUAGUCCAGUUCAUGGUUCAAUUCUAGUGUUUCUACCUGGUUAUGAAGACAUUUUAGCUGUACGUGAAAAGGCUAUUAAAAUGCAAGGCUGUUCCACAAAACCAGCCAUUUUUACCCUUCACUCUCAAAUGGGUAGUCAGGAUCAGCAGCGUAUAUUUGAGCCAGUUGGUCGUGGUUAUCGUAAAGUGAUUUUGAGUACGAAUAUUGCUGAAGCAAGUUUGACAAUCGAUGAUGUUGUUUUCGUGAUUGACUGUGGCAAAGUCAAGGAGAAAAUCUACGACCAUUCAACACGUAUAAGUCAACUAAAAAUGACGUGGAUAGCAAAGUCGAAUGCUGAACAACGAGCCGGCAGGGCUGGAAGAUGUCGAAAUGGCUAUUGCUUUCGAUUAUUCACAACGGAAGAUUAUGCAAGAAUGAAUCCAACCCAGUUGCCUGAAAUGAAAAGAAGCGCUAUUCAUGAAGUAUGUUUACAUGCGAAGAUGUUUGCCCCAAGAAAAUAUUCAGUUCGACAAUUUUUGCUCAACGCACCGGAACCACCAUCAGCAGUGGCUAUCGAUCGAAGUUUUGAAUUUCUUGAGCAAAUUGGUGCAGUUUUCAAAAGUCGACAAGAAUCAUCGCAGAUGUCACACAUAACAGAUAAUUCGUAUUUUGCAAAUACUCGUGACCGAAAUGGUGAACCGGAUUUAACCGAUCUAGGACGUCACAUUGUGCAACUUCCGUUAUGCCCACAGUUGGCUCGAUUUCUUCUUUUUGGUAUUUGCCUGAAAUGUUUGAGUCCCGUUUUGACACUUGUUGCCACUCUCUCGCAUCGUGAUCCUUUUGUCUUGCCACCGAGUGGUGAACGAGAAGAACGGAAUUCCGCAAUGAUAGCACGUGAUGUUUUCGCCGGCUUUGAUUACUCUGAUCAUAUGACAUUUUUGAGAAUAUAUAACGCGUUUAUAAAAUUACCGUCCCAUGGUCAGUCGAAUUUUUGCACGAGUAAUUAUUUAUCUCUCAACGCAAUGAGAAUGAUCGUUGGUAUUCGACAGCAACUGUUUAUGGAACUCCAAAAGCUUCGACUGUUACCUGCAAGCUGUCGAUCAGCAGAUGAUCCCGAUUUCAAUCGAUAUAGUAAUUCUUGGCCAAUGAUUCAAGCGGCUCUCGUAGCGGGCAGUUACCCUAACAUUGGUUUUACCCGUUCGGGUGGUCAAAUUCGAAAAAUACGUACAAGUAACGAGGUUGCGUCGUUACCAUAUGGAUGUGCAGUUAAACGACAGGCUUCAUCUGCUGGAAUGAACGGAAUGGGAGUUGGAAAGUUGGGGAAACCGGAACCGGUUAUUGAAUAUCUUGCAUUCCAGGAAUUAUCCAAAACUGGUGAUAACUUGAGUUUACGAACAGUUACGGCAGUUCCACCUUUGACCGUAUUAUUGUUUGCCGGUCCCGUUCAUCUCAAACGUGAAGUUCUGAAUGACUAUUCCAUAGGUGAUGAAUUUGCAUUGAAUGAUGAUGAUGUAGACACGGAUUCGAACACCGAUGAAUGCGUCUUUGCGCUUGAGCCGUGGCUGGUUUUUCGAUGGAAAUUUGAGGAUAUGCAGUUAAUGUUAAAGCUGCGUGUCAAACUGAUGACUUACUUUAUAUUCGUAAUGAAACAACCUGAUCGUUCAGAAACCGAGGAAGCUAAGGAACUGCUUGCAACCAUAAAUCAAAUAUUGUUGGAAGAUCAUCGUCGUGCGGGCUUUGCAGAUUGUACUGACUUGCCAGGAUUUCGAGAACGUUCUCCGAAUUCCAUAAAUAAUGAGGCAACAAGUGAACGAUCCGUUCGUCGUCGACAACUCUCAGAUCACACAGAAGAGCAGUGCCAACGAGAGACUUCUAUUGGUAGUUCUUAUCUUAUGACACGAAAUCAGCGGCCAAAACAGUCGAAUGGAAUUUCAAACUCAGACAAUCGAGCUGACUUUUGUGGUGGACCCGGUAUACAGUCUCUCGAAAUUGACGAAGGCGUUGAUAACAGUGAUCCUUUGUCUUAUCGUCCUGAAGAAGAGAAUGCCACAGCAAGCAGUCAUUCAGAUGAACCUGGUGAUGACACUUUUAGUGUGCGAUCACUACCACCUGAAGAAGAACAAGUUCCCGAAGAUCCAUGUAUGAGUACGUUAGAAGAAGCUGGAAUAACAAAGGGGAGACAAGUAUUAGCAGUGAAUGUGGAAGAGGAACAAAAUAAUACUUCGGGUAACCAUGAUUUAUCGCAAGAACGAAGUACUGAAGAAUCAGAUGAUCGACAAGAAAACCCUAACGAUACAGUUGCGGUUGCUCAGAGAUCAGGACAUGGACAUUUCGUUCCCCAUCAUUUUCGUCCAGACGAUCAACGUAUUCGACGAAUGUUCCGACAGUUUGUAAAUAGAUCGAGGCCGCAAUCAACUCGAUCAUUUGAUAUAGCUAUGGAGGAGCAGCAAGAACACCGCAGUAAUGAAGAAAUUAGAGAACGACGACGAGAAAAUCGUCGAAGAGAUUGGCACUGGAGAAAAAACCCACCAGCAUGCUGUGUUGCACCAUCAGAUGCUUAUCGAAUGCCACUCGCAUAUUUUAGAGGAGGCGGACGUGGAAGGCCCGAUCGUUGCCGUGGUGGUGGACUCCGUGGUCGUAGCAAAGGACCGCAAAAGGACGACCUAACCAGCUGA